UUUUGCCUGAAUCUGGCUGGUGGUUUGGGUUUUUCUGGGCUGAAUCUUGGUGUUUUGGAGGUUUUUAUGGACACAGGAUGCCCAGUGAGUUCUAGAGAUGGACUUGGGCAGGAGGAACCCCCAAGCCAACACGCUCAGCCCUUGUUUUCCCCCCAUCAGGAUUUGUCCUUCCCAAAGCUUGGGCGGAUGGAGGAGGAGGCUGCGAGGAAGAGGAAGAUGCCUUGGGCCCCCCAGGCAGGCCCCGAGCUGAGGACGGAGAGCCCGGAGGACAAAUCCCCCCGUGAGACCCUGGUGGGAGAGGCCGUUUUGAAGGGCUCCACGGCACAGGAAGGCAGCGGGGAGGAAAAGGGCCAGAGAUCCCCCCGCAGGAGGGGCUCCAAAGCCAUCCCAGGGUGCUGUGAGGAGGAAAGAGCCAGCCUGUGCCGGGAAGGCGGCCGGAGCUUGAGCCAGAGCUCUGAGCUGGUGUUCCCUGAGCAGCCUCCCAGCAAUGAGAAGCCCUUCAGGUGCUUGGAAUGUGGGAAGAGCUUCAGGCAGAGCUCCCACCUCCUCACCCACCAGCACAUCCACACUGGGGAACGGCCCUACAUAUGUGGGGAAUGUGGGAAGAGCUUCAACUGCAGCUCCAGUCUCCACAAACACCAGCGUUUCCACACUGGGGAACGGCCCUACACAUGUCAGGAGUGUGGGAAGAGCUUUAGGCAGAGCUCCGACCUCCUCAAGCACCAGCACAUCCACACUGGGGAACGGCCCUACACGUGUGGGGAAUGUGGGAAGAGCUUCAGGCAGAGCUCCACCCUCCGCACCCACCAGCGCAUCCACACUGGGGAACGACCCUACAAGUGCUUGGAAUGUGGGAAGAGGUUUCACACCAGCUCAGAUCUCCUAAGGCACCAGCGGACGCACACGGAUGAGAGGCCCUUCCGCUGCACUGACUGUGGGAAGGGCUUCAAGCAGAACUCCCACCUCAUUGCCCACCGGCGCAUCCACACCGGCGAGAGGCCCUACAAGUGUGGGGAGUGUGGGAAGAGCUUCACUCAGAGCUCUAAUGUGACCCAACACCAAUGGACCCACCAGUAA